AUGUCAACCCACCAGCAAGAGCGAGUGAAUACCUUCAAUCGCCUCCCUCGCCCCGCGUUCGAUGACCUGGGGUGUCCGAAUCAUUAUCAUUUCUCCGUGCAGUCCCUUCCUUUCGUCCCAGGAGAUGCUGUGUUUAUGUUGAACCCCAUAAACGGCCACGAACACACCGAAGGCCGCACUCGCAUCGCCUCACUGCCGCCAGACCAACAAGCCAAGAUCAUUGUUCCACUGCUCUUGUACUCUUUCAACAACCGAUUCGACAACCCCGGCUUCAUCCACCAAAUGCAUGAGAGUAUGCAUCCCUGGGCUCCGUGGAGCUGGAGCACCACCGACCCUGUCCUCGCGGAUGCAGUCUCUGCACGACUACGCGCAAUUGGUGUUCGGGAAGAGCUCUGUCAAGUGGAGGUUUCCGAUCCCGAUACUGUGGAUAUGAUUGAGGAGAGGUGGACUGUAAUGGAGAGACAGCUUGCAGCAGCCAUUCCUUUCUUCCCAGAUGAUUUUGCAGGCCAUGUGGACAAAAGCUGCAACUCUUGUGGGUUUACACCCUCGUUGGAUGUUUCGCUCAUGCGUUGCUCUCGUUGCAAGCAGGCUUAUUACUGCUCGAAGGAUUGUCAGAUGGAGGACUGGAAGACGCAUAAGAAGAAUUGCCCUUGGCCUGACCCAUGA